AUGCCCCGAGACAACAUGGCCUCCCUGAUUCAACGGAUCGCCCGCCAGGCGUGCCUCACCUUCCGGGGCAGCGGGGGCGGCCGCAGCGCUUCCGACCUCGGCGCGGCUCCGGGCCCCGAGGCCUCGAUGCCUCAGGGCUUCCCGGAGAACCUGAGCAAGCUGAAGAACCUGCUGACCCAAGUCCGCGCCGAGGACCUGAACAUCGCCCCGCGUAAGGCCACGCUGCAGCCAUUGCCACCCAACCUGCCGCCGGUCACCUACAUGCACAUCUACGAAACCGACGGCUUCAGCCUCGGCGUGUUCCUGCUCAAGAGCGGCACGUCCAUCCCAUUGCACGACCACCCGGGCAUGCACGGCAUGCUCAAGGCGCUCUAUGGCACCGUGCGCAUCAGCUGCAUGGACAAACUGGAGGCGGGCGGCUGGCAACAACCGCGGGCCCCGCCGCCAGAGCAGCAGUUCGAGCCACCGCUGCAGGCCCGGGAGCGGGACGCCGUGCGGCCGGGCGUGCUGCGUUCGCGGGCCGAGUACACCGAGGCCAGCGGCCCCUGCGUCCUCACUCCGCACCAGGACAACCUGCAGCAGAUCGACGCUGUGGACGGACCCGCCGCCUUCCUGGACAUUCUGGCCCCGCCCUAUAACCCGGACGAUGGCCGGGACUGCCAUUAUUACCGGGUGCUGGAGCCCGUCAGGGACAAGGAGGCCUCCGGCGCGGCCUGUGACCUGCCCCGAGAGGUGUGGCUCCUGGAGACCCCGCAAGCCGAUGACAUCUGGUGCGAGGGGGAGCCCUAUCCAGGUGCCAAAGUCUUCCCUUGA